CCUGCGCUCGGCGCCAUGAGCGGCGGCGCUCCUUCGGCGGGCGUCCCUGUGGGCUCGGGCCGGCCGCGGACCAGCUCGUUCGCGGAGCCAGGCGGCGGAGGAGGCGGCGGUGGCGGCGGCCCUGGAGGCUCGGCCUCUGGUCCGGGCGGCAGCAGCGGCGGGAAAGCGUCAGUCGGAGCCAUGGGUGGGGGCGUGGGGGCUUCGAGCUCCGGGGGUGGUCCCAGCGGCAGCGGCGGAGGAGGCAGCGGCGGCCCCAGCGCGGGCACGAGCUUCCCGCCGCCCGGAGUGAAGCUGGGCCGUGACAGCGGGAAGGUGACCACAGUGGUAGCCACUCUAGGCCAAGGCCCGGAGCGCUCUCAGGAGGUGGCUUACACAGACAUCAAAGUGAUUGGCAAUGGCUCAUUCGGGGUAGUGUACCAGGCACGGCUGGCAGAGACCAGGGAACUGGUAGCCAUCAAGAAGGUUCUCCAGGACAAGAGGUUCAAGAACCGAGAACUGCAGAUUAUGAGGAAGCUGGACCACUGCAAUAUCGUGAGGCUGAGAUACUUUUUCUACUCCAGUGGGGAGAAGAAAGAUGAGCUUUAUCUAAAUCUGGUGCUGGAAUACGUACCUGAGACGGUGUACCGGGUGGCCCGCCAUUUCACCAAGGCCAAGUUGACCAUCCCUAUCAUCUACGUCAAGGUGUACAUGUACCAGCUCUUCCGGAGCUUGGCCUACAUCCACUCCCAGGGCGUGUGUCACCGUGACAUCAAGCCCCAGAACCUGCUGGUGGACCCUGACACUGCUGUCCUCAAGCUCUGUGAUUUUGGCAGUGCAAAGCAGCUGGUCCGGGGGGAGCCCAAUGUCUCCUACAUCUGCUCUCGCUACUAUCGGGCCCCAGAGUUGAUCUUUGGAGCCACUGAUUACACCUCAUCCAUUGAUGUGUGGUCAGCUGGCUGCGUACUGGCCGAGCUCCUCCUGGGCCAGCCCAUCUUCCCUGGGGACAGUGGGGUAGACCAGCUGGUGGAGAUCAUCAAGGUGCUGGGAACACCAACCCGGGAACAGAUCCGAGAGAUGAACCCCAACUACACGGAGUUCAAGUUCCCCCAGAUUAAAGCUCACCCCUGGACAAAGGUGUUCAAAUCUCGAACGCCACCUGAGGCCAUUGCGCUCUGCUCUAGCCUGCUGGAGUACACACCGUCCUCGAGACUCUCUCCGCUGGAAGCCUGUGCCCACAGCUUCUUUGAUGAACUGCGAUGUCAUGGAAUCCAGCUCCCCAACAACCGCUCGCUUCCCCCCCUCUUCAAUUUCAGUCCUGGUGAACUCUCCAUCCAACCAUCUCUCAAUGCCAUUCUCAUCCCUCCUCACUUGAGGUCCCCAGCGGGCACUGCCACCCUCAACCCAUCCUCACAAGCUUUAAGUGAGGCUCAGACCAGCUCGGAAUGGCAGCCAACCGAUCCCACAGAUCCCCUCACUAACUCCUCCUGAGGGCCCAGCCAACUACCCGUCUAUCUGGGAGCCCCAGGUGGGGCUGGGAAGGUGGGGGGCGUGGCUCCUGCCCUGGCUGGACCCCUAGACUAGAGGGCAGAGGUAAAUGAGUCCCUGUCCCCUCUCCUGUCCCUCCCUCACCAGCCUCACCCCUAUGGUGGGCUUUUUAAGAGGAUUUCAACUGGUUGUGGGGAGGGAAGAGAAGGAUGGAUGGAUGGGGUCGGGGGCAUGAGGACCUCCUACCCCUUGGCCCCCUCCCCUUCCCCAGGCUUCCACCUCCUCCAACCCACCCCCUCCUCCUGUGUCCCUUGUAAAUAGAACCAGACCAGUCCAUUUCCUCUUUCCUUCCCUGGUCCCCGGGUGUAAAUAGAUUGUUAUAAUUUUUUUCUUAAAGAAAACGUCAAUUCGCACCGUCCAACCUGGUUCCUCCCCCUCCUAUAGCUGUGUCACCUCCUGUCCUCUGCCCUGAGGUCACCUCCUUUCUCUCCCUGCCCCGAAGGGCCGGGGGUGGUGGAGGUAUCCUGAUGUCUUAGUUUCCACAGUAAGGUUUGCCUGUGUACAGACCUCCGUUCAAUAAAUUAUUGGCAUGAAAA